CGGAGCUCCGCUGCCACCACACGCCCUUUCUGAUCUUCCCCUCCCAUACCAUUUUGUGAACAAACGCCUGCACCGCUGGUUGUUGCUGGCGUAACUCGUUUGACUUGAUUCUUACCUGCUCUCAUACAGCGAAGUCGUGGGCCAUACAUACUGACAAGAUGUCUGAAUCACGUCUAUACUCCUUCUCGCCGGAGACGAAAGAAAAGCUUCGCAAGUUCCGCCUGGGGACCUCUCGCGCCAAAGACCCACAAGCCGUCAUCUAUCUAAUCGACAGCAAAAGCCAAGAGAUCCGCCCAGAGGAUGGCGAAGUCUACACAAAGAUGGAGGAUCUAGCCGACGAGCUCCCAGAGACCUCUCCACGAUUCAUCCUGCUCAGCUACCCUUUGACCUUGGCCUCCGGCCGUCUCACCGUCCCCUACGUCAUGCUUUACUACCUCCCCGAGAACUGCAACCCUUCGCUGCGGAUGAUGUACGCGGGCGCCGUGGAGCUGAUGCGCAACACCGCCGAGGUGAACCGCGUGAUUGAGGUGGAGAGUGAGGAGGAUAUCGCUGAUAUCGAGGCGAAGCUGCAGAGCCAGAAUUGAUUGAUUACUGUUCUGGAAUGCGGGUGUCGCUUUGUUGGUCUUCUGGUGCUGUUGUUUUACUCCUAUAUAGCGCUUUUAAUGGUAUUUUUAGCGGUGCA